AUGGCUCCCAUCAAGAAAGCGUACCCCCGGGCAACGGCAAAGAAGAUUUUGAAGGCGCACUCCAACUGCAACGCCACCAAGAACCUCGAUGUAUUGGUGUAUCUCAACUAUAUGCGGUUCAUGCAAACAGUGUUGAAGGAGGCAGCAAUCGACUCCAAGGCCUCUGGAGAAAGAACAAUUACGCCGACGAGCGUGCGCAGGGCGACCGUGGAUGCGCUAGCCAAGUUCAAGAGCUGA